AUGGAUGUGAACAUGUCCGGGAGUUGGAACGGGAGCGGCCCGGCGGUGUGGAGCGUCACCCCGCGCGGGGAGACAGACGAGCCCCCGCUCCUGCCCUACCAGGGCUUCCUGGCCGUGUCUGCGGUGCUGGGGACGUUCGGCGUCGGCGGCAUCGUCUCCAACUUCACGGUGCUGCUGAUGUUCUGGCAGUACCCGACCCUCCGCACGCCGUUCAACAUGCUGCUGAUGAACCUGUGUCUGAGCGGGCUGAUCGUGUCCGUGGCCGGCAUCCCCUUCUCCCUGGCCUCCGCUAUCCACGGCCGAUGGAUCUGGGGCCGGGCUGGCUGCGUGUACUACGGUUUCACCAACAGUUUCUGCGGUAUUCUCUCCAUGAUAACCCUGACGGUCAUCGCCUACCAGCGCUACAAGAUCACCAUGCGCCCCCCGGGAGCCCCCAGUCUGAAGUACCCAGAUGUGACCAAGGCCAUCGCCUUUAUCUGGGUCUACUCCAUCUGCUGGACCGUACCACCGCUGUUCGGGUGGAGCAGCUACCAGCUGGAGGGACCGAGGAUAGGCUGCUCCGUGGACUGGAGCUCGGACACCGUCAACGGCAUCUCCUACAUCAUGGCGUUCUUCCUGUCGUGCCUAAUCCUACCGCUAGGUGUCAUUGCCGUGUGCUACGUCAGGCUCUGGCAGCACGUACACAAGCAGCACAACAAGAAGUCUGUGGCGAGUAAGGCGGAGGGCCGGAUCGGGCUGAUGGUGGUGGUGCUCAUCACGUGUUUCCUGCUGUGCUGGCUGCCGUACGGGCUCGUGGCGCUCAUCGUCACCUUCGGGAAGCCGCAGCUCAUCACCCCGACCGCCGCCAUCGUCUGUACGCUCAUGGCCAAGUCCAGCGUCAUGUGGAACCCCGUCAUCUACGUCGUCAUGAACAACCAGUUCCGGAGGCACCUGCUGGCCCUGCUCCGCUGUCUGCGGGACGCCGAGACCUCUGGACCAACUCCGGUCUGA